AUGACUCUCCGUUCAGCAGUAUACAUUGCCCCUCCUACUCCUUUCAGAAACCCGGCCAAGCCCAACGACAAUAAACCAGCGGGUUUGUGGUCUCCGAUUUCCUGCACGCUCGUCUACUCAGCGACACACGCCGUUCUCAUCGACACGCCCAUCACCAUCAAGCAGACUCGAAGUCUAAUCUCAUGGAUCGAACGUAUCGCCCCCGGCCGACAGAUCUCAUACGUCUAUAUCACCCACGGACACGGGGACCACUUCUUCGGAUUACCGCUUCUCAAGGCCAAGUACCCCGACGCCAGGGUGCUCGCUACACCAGGGACAAUAAAACACAUGGAGCAGCAGAUCGAAGACAGAAACUACCAGAGCCAAUGGGAAUCAAGAUUCCCGGGAGAAAUCGCACAACCGUUCAUUUCCGCGGAUCCGAUUCCAUCCGGUAACGAAUUCAAGCUGCAAGGACAGUGGUGCUUCCAGGCCAUUGAAGUGGGUCACUCGGAUACCUACGAUUCGACGGUGCUCUGGGUGCCGGAUCUCCGACUGGCGGUGUGCGGAGACGUGGUGUACGGACAGGUCCAUCAGAUGCUGGGAGAGGCAAGUACAGCUGCUAAGCGGGAGGAAUGGAUACGGGCAGUAGAGAAGAUUGAAGCUCUGGACCCGCUGUACGUCGUUCCGGGGCAUUGUCAGGAAGGGGAGAUCAUGGGACGGUGGCACUUGGGAAACACAAAGGAGUAUAUUGAGGAUUUCGCACGAGUCGUGGAGAGCAAGCCGAAGUCGGCACGGGAGAUCGUGGCGGCUAUGACGAAACUGUAUCCGGAUCGGUUCAACACCGGGGCGUUGGUGAUAGGUGCCAUGGGUGCCAUGCAGGCGGCGAAGCAGUCCAGGAUCUAGGGUUGGAGUGAGCUAGCAGAACGGAGAAUUAUUUCCAAUUUGUGGCUGCGGAGUAUCAGCUAGCAAGAGAUGCGCCAUUAUAUAACCAAAUUAUAAAUGUCAACAGGCCAGCCCUUGCGAAAAGAGUCGUAAAAUCAUUAAUCAUGCAUGUUCUGAGGCAUCAAGCCCAUAUGGCCGCCCGCAGAGCCUUUUCGACGUCAUGACGUCGGAAUCCCGGCGUGCGUCCCAGGCAAAGCGCCUUGGUAAUUAAAGCUACUCAUAUUAUUAGCCUGGAUGGCAGAGAGGGACGAAGGGAGCUCACCAGGUAUGAAACGUCCGACAUUAAUGGACAGGGGAGAUGGCUUGGAUUCCGGCUGGGAGACAAAAAAAUGUACAUUCUUUUCGCGGAG